GAACGGCGCUUUCGGCUGGGUUGUCUUGUUUGCACUGAGCGACGCAACCUGCCAGUGCAGAAGUGAAAUCUGCCGGCUCGUGUGGGAGGAGUCUUGACGUGGGAUGAUUUGUAGCAACAGCCCAAAAAAAAACACGCCUCCCUCUAAGCAACAUUAGCACGCACACACAGAGAAGAAGAAGCGGUAAGUUCGAGACACAGAACCCACAGGCGAGACGCACUCGUCAGCGCUCGUGUGUCCGAGGCAAGCGCGGACACACGAUGUGACUUUAAUGUUCGAGCUAGCUCGCAAGACGGGAGUGUGUCGGGAGUACAUCGCUAACCCGUUUGCGUUUGUCGGACGAGGAGAGGGCGAAGUGGGACUGUUGAGUGAAUUUGUCAGAUUUUCCCACGUCGAAAGGAGUAAGUUCAUCAAAAAGCUCACACUGCCUUCCAAGUGGGCUUACAAGCAUGAGAGUGUGAGAAUACCCCGACUGCUCUGAUCAACAAACAAGACAUGCGUAUUCGGACUUUACUGAGAAUAUCUUCACCUGCACGGCCAUUAUAUGUUAUGUUGAUGCUUCUGCUCUGCACGCAUGUCAUUAAGGGAAAUGUUGAUAAGAGAAAUUUAAAUUGUAAUAAAAUGAUCGAUGUCAAGGCAAGACAAUAUAUUGAUGAAUUUAGCAAAGGCCACGAUAAAAGACGUCCUAUAAAUUAUCUUCAAGUGAAUUAUACAUUCUCAAAUGAGGAGAAAGACUGUAAGAGCAUCAUCAAUAUUUGUUUGAUAAGAAUAUAUUUUCACGAAUACAAAACUAAUGUUGGAGAAGGGUCAUGUCCUCAUGAAAUCACAUCUUACAUUUCUGAAGCGUUAAAUGAUGGCUGUAACAACACGUUCAAAUUGCCGGGCUUGCAGGAAAUGAACAGCAGGUACUUGACUAACGUUGAAGAAAAUCUGGACAAGUUCAUGGUCCAUUUUAACUCAACAAUAGAGCGAGUUGAAGAAUUCUUGAAGAGAUGUCCUGACAACCUUAAAAAGAAUGAAGCUGUUUGCACAAAUGUUAUGCGAGUAACUACCGAUGGUGAUCCUCAUACGGAAACGUAUACGAAAACAUACGCAGUGGCAUUGACAACGUCAGGUGUUGGUGAAAAAAAAAAGACCACAACACAAGUUGAUUGCAAUGGGUGUUUCACUGGUGGCGGUCCUCACACGGAAACACAAAUAGGGACAUUGACAACGUCAGAUGAUAUUAAAGCAUACAAAAGCAUCUUGAUUGCAACGAAUACAUCAUUUUCGAUCGUAAUACUUAUACUAUUGAUCAUAGUGUUAAUAGUCUCAUGUCUUCUGUUUCGUGCAAGGCGCAGACAAAAGGCUUCAGAGGGACAUGGAUCCCAGCAUGAAGAAGAGGGAAAUGAGAUAGAUCCAAGGCCCAGCACGUGUGAUCAAAGUCUUCAACUUGGUCAUUUGCAGCAAGAAACUUCAAAGCAUAAAAGACGCGGACAACAAAACCACAGACGUUGGCUCUGAUGAAAAUCAUCAAUUGGAGGCUCCUGUACAGUCUCCUGCCUCCUUGUAGGGCGAAACACCUGGGAUGCGGUGAGGUUGCACUGCCUAGAAAGUCCACAGGUGAAACUGCUCGACGAAGGUGUACAUGUUCACUGAACACCGCAAAAAAUGGAAACCAAAAUAAACCCACCCUCUACGACUUUGAAGGCAAUCAUCGACAGCAAGCGUCUGCCUUGACAUGCAUUGACGCCCACGUGUGUGGAGAAGAGGGACGUGACACGAACUGCUGGCAGUGCCACACGUCCACGAAGCCGCCCGAACGUGUCACCCAAUGGCAUCAGCGAGAAGAUAUCUGCCUUCGAUAUGAAAGCCUUCUGACAAAAACUAAUUUUAAAAAACACCCCUGAGAGAGAGAUAGAGCGUGCAACGAACGACAAAGAUCCCUGCAAAGAAGAGAACACAGAUACGGCAUCAAAACUGCGACGGUGGUCCGGGGUGAAUGGUGACCGGCUGCAAAGGAAGGCGGUGAUGGAGCAAGACCGGGAUCUGAAUGGACGUCAAUCGUCGGGACACUGGACGGGAUGGAAGCUGGCUCAGUUGAAAGGUGCAGCGACGGAGACAGGGAGAGCAUGGCAAGGAGAGAUGAGCAAUGGAAACUGGUCACGCCUCAACAGCUCAAGGCACCGAAGAACGAGUGGAAGAUGAAUGACAACGUGAAAUAUGGGUUCAGCUUGGUUUUGCACAACUAUCAACUCGAAACAUCAGUUGAACUUCAAUUGUUUUUUUCACAAAUCACAUUCUGGAUAACUGAGCGGAACGUGCAACUUUUUAACAACACUGCAACUUUGUGUUGAAGAUGGCAACGAUAUGAUCAGAUAGAAAAAAAACCAUCCAGCCAUUCAGGUUUACUUAAACCUUGACACUGAAAAUAAAGAAAUGCUUACUCAAUAGCACUCUGCCUAAAUACCACGUACAAAUACCUCUUAAAUAUGUAUAUUUUUGUACUUUUUUACUUGGUCAAUCUGACUAUUAAUAAUGACUUGUUUCAGUUUUAAAUCCGUUUGUGAAUGACAGCAAAUGCAAUUACUCUCUAUCUCAUUAAUGUCACUCCAAUGUAAGUUUCUCCUACAUAUAAGAAAAAAACAACCUAACACAUGAGUCUGUAACACUGGCGUCAUGAUGGGGCAGGGUUGUUGGUGAGUGUGUUGAGUUGUUUUGCUAUGUGUGCUUGUGCAUUACUCUUAAAGUAAUACACGUGUUUCGUCCAUAAAACACUCCCUUAGAGGCAACUGACGUCACAUAUGCUUCGCAUUGUAACGCUUUAUUAAAAAGCAACGGACGUUUUAUCCAAUAUAGCCCACACAAUAGAGCUCAUGUCUGCGUGCACAACGUUCAUGGACAACGAUUGUAUCUAUAAUUAUCAGAUCCAAACCACGUAUCGAAUACACUCCUUCAUAUUGCGUCCACGUGUGCACGACGUGUAAGCUCAGCUCACUGAGCUAUGUAGCUCUUUUUCGGAAGCGACUUGGCCACAAAUGCGAGCUCAACGAAGUGGCUUAUCACGUGGAAUGUAUAAAUGUGCAGGGAAAAUCCGGAGGUACCCGUAUAAAAAUCCAAGCCACUACGAGGAGAGAGAGAGAGAGACAUGCAGACUCCAAAUAUACAGCAGGCGUCAGGGUCGGGAUCGGGAUCGAACCCACGACCUCCUGUAUACCGGGCGAGGUAGUUAACAUCCAGCCACCAUGGCACCCUUUGUGGAAGUAGUACAUUAUAUUUGAACGCGUGUGUCUUCCCCACUAUAUGCCAGUAACAAAUGGUGAACCAAGUGAUUAAAUGACAAGUAAUUGAGGCAACUGCUAUUACGAGAAAACUUACAUCGAUAAAGUCCAUUUCCACGGCGGUCAUAGCUCUAUAACAAAAAAAAACAUCUGGCAAAGAUAUUCAAAUAAAUGUUUUAAAAACUGCCUGACAUGUAAAAUGUAUGUGUUUUAUUAAAUAGUUAAGCUUGGAAUUAUUAAUUAUUAAUGAAUUAUAAUUUCAACCAAACUGUUCAGAAAGAGAAAAUAAGGUAUUUGAUGUGUCAUGCGGCAAAUGGAAAUUGUUGCUAAAAUGUGAGAUUCACACUGUACAAUGAGUGACUAUAAUUCUAUUAAAUUGUAAUUAUUGAAGCGUCUUACACCACCAAUUCUUCGUGGCACAUUCAAGUCCAACAUUUAUCCAUGAUCACAAUGUAAAAUAAAUGUACAAUUGUUUGUAAA